AUGGAUAUCUCAAAGUAUGCAGCAGAGGCGAAGAGCUAUAAUAAAUUAUCUGCCUUCCAAAUAUCUCGAUUUUUCGAGAGGCAGGGACCUACAAGGGCCGACUGCGAUCGUCUUGCCGCCGAAAUUUUGAGCUGUCCCGUCUCUCCCACACCAAUACAGGGUGCAACCAGCUAUACCGUGGCAGCAGCUGACUCCAACCAGGCACGUAAGAUCGUUCAAUUUUGCUUCAAAAAAUUGGCUAUGAAACACCUCGAGCUUGCAAAGCAGUCUUACGAGGAUUUCGUCCCCAAUUGCAAAUACCAUAGCACUAUGUUACGGGACGUGCACGUCUACGAGUGGGAUCUUGUCCCUGGGCCCGCCUUUUGUCUGGUUCGCCAUCAGUUUCUCGGCCUGAAUUCUGGGAUGGAACAGUAUUUGUAUCAAACUGUGGAGGACUUCGCAAGAUUCUUUGCUUCAGCGUGGAACAACAGGCCAGCCGUUGAGCAGCCUCUGGGAUUACUGGACCAGUAUUCUGAGAUCCUCGACCAGGUUUCCCAGGGAUUGCCUGAACAGUUACAAGCCAAGUUGGACAAGGUCCAGCAGAGGCUUCCGCUUCUCUUCCGGCCCAGCUAUCCCAUAGCUCUUCAACACGACGACCUCUUGGAGAACAACAUCCACGUGAAUGAGGCUACAGGCCACAUAACGGGUAUUAUCGAUUGGGCUGAUGCUAUAAUCGCUCCAUUUGACGUCUCUCUUAGCGGUCUUGAGACUAUACUUGGCGUUCAAACUCUGACCAGCUGGCACUUCCAUCCUAACUAUUCUAGCCUCCGGGAGUAUUUCUGGGAAACUCUAUACAGGAAAAUUGGCAAUGUUUCGGGAGAAGAUCGUCGUUCAAUCGAAGUCGCGAGGUUGUUCGGAUUGUUUCGAACCUAUGGCUUUGAAGACAAGGCUGUCUUUUAUCUGGAGGCUUCAUGUUUGAUUUGA